CUAAAAAAAUUUUCUUCUGUUGGUUAUGAUAUUUUUCAUUUGUUAAUUUUGGUAUUUCUUCAGAGAUUUUCUACCAAAGAGUUGCAAUAAAUUGGUUAAAAAAUGAAUCAGGCGGAUGUCUCGAAGUUGAUGUCUCAGCUGAAAUUUGCCGUGGGCCCCGUACACAGAAGACUCCGUUGCCCAGAUGGACCGGAAGGGAGGAUGCUGAAACUCCGGAAAACCGUGACGGCCCUGUUCAAGAAUGAACGCAUUGAAUUAUUCUACACCCGUGCAGAUGAAGCUCGAGGGUAUGCAGAACAGCUAAUCAAUGAAGCCAUCCGGUAUGGUGAUUGCCAUAGAGCCACAAUGGAAUUGGCUGAUUUCUGGCUCUUGGAUAAGCAGUGUGUCCACAAGCUCUUCAAGGUUCUAGUGCCACGCUACGAGAACUACCAAGUCUCCUAUACAAGAAUGUACAAAGCACCGAGAGAGUAUCCGGGAAUGUACUACAAGAGAGCCGUUCUGGAGCUCCGUGGGAAUCCCUUUCCGCCCCUUGUGCCAGAUAAGGUGCAAAAUAGAAAUUUUAUCCACAAUGUACUCCUGGAUGAGGCCAAGAAGGCAUACCGGCAGGAGAAGUACGCUGAAAUAGCCCAAAAUAUCACUGUGGCAAAGAAUCUGAGCACAUCGGAGGGUACGAAUGACGGUGGGAGUAGCAGUGAGGAUGAUGUAGCCACGAAAAAGUAGCAAAGAAUCGCCGGAUUUGAGGGGGAUUUAGUGUAAAUAAAAAAGGUAAUUUUUUCCAUAAA